AUGGAAAUCAAAAGUUUAGUGAUUAUGGCGACGAUGAUGAUAAUGGUGGCAAUGGGGAACCUCGUGAUUCAGACAGAAGCUCAAGCUUUUCCAUUUAGAAGUUGUUACCCCAGUUGUAUUGUGAGUUGUGCCAUUCAGAAGAAGUUUCCAAGUGCUUUUAUGUGUCCAUUGACUUGUAUCAUGACCUGUCUUGCUCCUCCCACACCAAUUCCUUCUCCUCCUUCUCAAAUGAUUUUGGCAAAUGAAAACUAUCAAACUGAUUAUUUCUGCAAACUUGGUUGUGCUACUCAUCAUUGUGUUUCUCUUUCUUCUCUCCAAAAUCCAAAUCCAAGUGUUUAUUUUCCUAAUCAAUGUUUUUCAUUGACAUAA